UGAGGUGAAGAAGAAGCAGCCGCCUUGAUCCACCAUGUCUUUAGCAGAUGAGCUUUUGGCUGACCUUGAGGAGGCAGCGGAAGAAGAGGAUGGCAGUUUUGCAGAUGAAGAAGACGAGUCUCCCAUCGAAGAUGUCCAUGAAGAGAUGCAAUUGGAUCUGGCAACUGAUUCAGUCAAGAGUAUUGCCAAGCUGUGGGAUAGCAAAAUGUUUGCUGAAAUCAUGUUGAAGAUUGAGGAAUACAUCAGCAAGCAACCCAAAGCAUCUGAAGUUCUAGGUCCCGUAGAGGCAGCUCCUGAAUACAGGGUCAUUGUGGAUGCCAACAACCUCACAGUAGAGAUUGAGAAUGAACUGAACAUCAUACACAAGUUUAUCCGAGACAAGUACUCCAAGCGAUUCCCAGAGCUAGAGUCCCUCGUUCCCAACGCCCUGGACUACAUCCGAACUGUCAAGGAACUGGGCAACAGUCUGGACAAAUGCAAGAACAAUGAGAACCUUCAGCAAAUCCUUACCAAUGCCACAAUCAUGGUGGUCAGUGUCACCGCAUCCACCACCCAGGGGCAACAGUUGACUGAGGAGGAACUAGAACGCAUUGAGGAGGCCUGUGACAUGGCCCUAGAGCUGAACCAAUCGAAGCACCGCAUCUAUGAGUAUGUGGAGUCCCGUAUGUCCUUCAUUGCCCCAAACCUGUCCAUCAUCGUUGGGGCCUCCACUGCUGCUAAGAUCAUGGGCAUUGCUGGUGGCCUCACAAACCUUUCCAAGAUGCCAGCUUGUAACAUCAUGCUCCUGGGAGCCCAGAGGAAAACUCUCUCAGGCUUUUCCAGCACUUCUGUGUUGCCUCACACUGGCUACAUCUACCAUAGUGACAUUGUACAGUCGCUGCCUCCGGAUCUGCGGAGGAAAGCAGCACGUUUGGUGGCAGCAAAAUGCACCCUAGCAGCUCGGGUUGACAGCUUCCACGAGAGUCCUGAAGGGAAGGUUGGAUAUGACCUCAAGGAAGAGAUUGAGAGGAAGUUUGAUAAGUGGCAGGAACCACCGCCAGUGAAGCAAGUGAAGCCGCUGCCAGCACCUCUGGACGGACAGAGGAAGAAACGGGGAGGCCGCAGGUAUCGUAAGAUGAAAGAGCGUCUUGGCUUAACAGAAAUCCGGAAGCAAGCAAACAGGAUGAGCUUUGGAGAGAUUGAAGAAGAUGCUUACCAAGAAGACCUUGGGUUCAGUCUUGGCCACUUGGGCAAAUCAGGCAGUGGCCGUGUCCGGCAGACACAAGUCAACGAGGCCACAAAGGCACGCAUCUCAAAAACACUGCAGCGCACACUCCAGAAGCAAAGCAUGGUGUAUGGAGGAAAGUCAACCAUCCGGGACCGUUCCUCAGGCACAGCUUCCAGCGUGGCCUUCACUCCACUGCAGGGUCUGGAGAUUGUGAAUCCACAGGCAGCCGAGAAGAAGGUCACAGAAGCCAAUCAGAAGUACUUCUCCAGCAUGGCAGAAUUCUUAAAAGUGAAGAGUGAGAAGAGUGGUAUCAUGUCCACCUCAUAGCAAAAAUGGAUGCUGCUGUUUUGACCAGUAGUUGGAACCACAUCACGUAUGCUAAUAGAAGAGUCCACGCUGGACAUAGACCUUACUGAGGUUGAAGUUCAACAGACUAUUUGACUUUUCCAACUCAACUCUGAGGUUUUUUCCAAAUAUCCUGGGCAUAAUGACAUCAGUUUUUUCCCUUUCUGUUCUCAUAUAAUCCACCAGAGAACCUGCUAUUUUUAGCUAUUGAUAGGGUGGAAUGGCCUAAUAGAACUGGGUUCUCUGCCCUAAUUCUCCUUCAGUAUUCAAAACAAUUUAGUUAAGUUGUAAGCUAUUUAAUGGCAUAUAAGAGCUACACUGAACUAAACUGUCCUGUCUCCCCCAUCAUUCUGGAUCAUCUUGCGUACCAACUUUAAAACAAACAAAUUUUGUAAAUACA